GGGCGAAGGAGAGUCCUGGAGGGCCGCUCACGGGUCCGGGUCCGUUCUUGUGUUUUCUUUCCCCUUCAGCCGAAACAACUUCCUGACAAGUGGCAACACGACCUUUUCGACAGCGGUUUCGGGGGCGGCGCAGGAGUCGAGACGGGUGGGAAACUGCUGGUGUCAAAUCUGGAUUUUGGAGUAUCGGACGCUGAUAUUCAGGAGCUCUUCGCUGAGUUCGGAACUCUGAAGAAGGCGGCCGUACACUACGACCGCUCAGGGCGCAGUUUAGGAACAGCCGACGUGCACUUUGAACGGAAGGCAGAUGCUCUGAAAGCGAUGAAGCAGUACAACGGCGUCCCCCUGGAUGGCCGCCCCAUGAACAUUCAGCUCGUCACGUCACAGAUUGACACACAGCGGAGACCCGCACAGAGCGUAAACAGAGGCGGGAUGACCAGAAACCGCGGUUCCGGAGGCUUCGGGGGCGGUGGCGGCACCCGGAGAGGCGCUCGCGGAGGAAGCCGGGGCAGGGGCAGAGGCACCGGCAGGAGUUCGAAGCAGCAGCUCUCCGCCGAGGAGUUGGACGCCCAGCUGGACGCUUAUAACGCCAGAGUAAGGCCCGGGGCCCGGGGGACGGGGCCACAGACU